AUGUUUGUCGCACCUGCUGGAGAAGCUGCUGUUUGUGCUGUACAGGUUUGACACACUGUGCAGAUAUCAUUCAGAUCACAAGCUGCUGCAGGCGAGUGAGAGUGAUGUUGCCGAAGCUGUAACAGCAAAUGGAAGGACUCCAUUGGAAGCAGGUAAAGGAGCAGAAGAAGAGGUGGCUGGAGAUGCAGUUACAGCAACAGAAACCGCGACGUCAACGCAGAACAAGGCCCGCCUAAUCCACGACGUCCUUCAGGAGUUGAAGGACGCGCAACGGUCAUUGUGGGACAAGAUGCAGUACCAGGUUUCGCUCCUCGUUUUGUCCUGGCGGGUGGACGAUGUCACGGAUAACGAGUUUUACCACUGUGUUUUCCUCGUCCUGCUUUUCAUCACAGAGGGGGACUACCUCUUCUCCCAGUUCCUCUCCAGAGUGAAGCUUGCGGAGAGCGCUACCGGCAGACCCAGCACUUCCACUGCAGCGAAUAAUGUCAACACUGCGAACGUCUCCCGGUCUUUGCGGAACACGGUGAAAACGAUCUGCCAUCAGUACCUCGAAGGUGUCCACCGGAACGCUUGGAGUGUGAUGCACAGUUUUCUGCUCCAAGACUCUUGGCAAAGAGUUCCGGUCGUGAGCUCCGCGGUUUCCAUCCCGGGGUUGGCGAAACGGUUUCAGAUUCUGAAGACCGCAUGUAGUGACUCAGGUCUAUCCUUCGCACAGAUGAAACGGAUGCUCUACUUCGAAUUAAACAACACCAACUCUAGUACAACAAGUCGAUCCUCCCCACUCAGCUCCGCUACGACGCCCUCCUUCGCCCAAGCUGCUCUCCCCGCCUCGGGCGACGACUGGGCCUGGGUGAACCUCUUCGCAAAGUACGACACGGGCGCGAACUUGCUGGUAACGAAAAAGGUCUUGAUGACGCCAGGACCGAACGACGCAGUUGUUACCGGUACGACGACAACGACCGGGACGCCACUGGAUCCACCGGGAACUACCAGUCAGGUGGACCCUAUUCUCUCGACCGCGUCAUUCGCCAGCGGGUUCACGACGAGGACAAAUUCCUCCUCCAACCUAGAUGGCGACGACAGCCUGGAGGAAGACAACCCGACGCCGGAAAAGAUCGCCGCCUUGUUGGAAACCAGUCCGGUUCUGGCCGCCGCGACGAUGCAAGUGUCGCAACACGUCCUUCACCGGCUAUUGCGGCUGUUGAAGCUGGAAGAUACGGCGUUAGCAAGCGAAGUUUUCCUGUCUCUCGCGCAGCUUUUCGAGUAUUACGCUUACGGGGUUUGCUGCAUCGCCCUGUCGAAAGCGGAUCUGAAAAACUUCCUUGCGAACCUUCGGAUCAUUGAAAGUGUCAAGCCUGACGGGAGCAGCGACCACAGCGCGGGAGCGACGGAAAAUAACGGCGCGUCCACCGGCGUUUCGGUCCCCUGGCCCAAAGUUUUCGCCCGGUACCGGAGUUUCCUACUGCAACGGCACGGGUUGGAGCUGAGGCAGCGAAUGCUGCAUGUGCAAGAUUACAUCAUCGAGAACGAAAAUUUUGGCCAAGUCGACGUGAAUCUACUUGACGUGAGUAACAACACAACAUCAAUGGCAGCCAAGCAAAAGCAGACCGCCAGCCCGGUCACCCUCCUCGCGGAGAAGUGCGUCGCGGUGGAGAGCUGCAUCGGCCUCCUCCGCACCCUCUCCGCGCAACCGGAAAUGCACGCGGCGGAGCCGCAGCGGCAGUUCUUGGAACAGGCAGACCGGUGCGUGCAGGAAUUACGGACGAUCGUAUACUACUGCGCAGCCCGGGAUCUGCUCUACGUGACGGACGAAAUGCCGUUGGAUUCGUUUUGCCAGGAGCUGGCGCAGCUGGAUUCGAGUGCGACGACGACGAUCUUCUUCGACCAAAUGCGGGCGCAGUUCCAGGAUUUUGGAAGGAGGAUUCCGUGUUGCGGGGGCGGAAGUUUGCCGCAGUUCGUACAAUCGGCGGUCUGGACCUGGGUGUACUACCAUUUUUUGCUCGCGUGCACCGACGUACUGGCGCGGGAGGAGGACGCGAAGAAGAGAAACUGGCUGACGAACGGGUAGUGAGUUUGCUUGUUUUGGUGCAUCGUCACAACUCUUUGCGUAUGUUUAGACAUCAUGACCUGCAUAGAAAUCGAGAGUUUAACGUCAUUUUCAUUGCAUUCUGUCACCAGGUUCACCAACCUCGUGACCGUCCUCGACGAGGUUCGUAGCGGCCCGCAGCAGAAGUUGGAAUUGCUUCUUCCCACCGCCGCGAUCACACUUAGAAAAGAGCAACAGUCCUCCUCUGCCGGGCAGGAGGAGGGUAGCCAUUUGCUCGUCGUCUGGGAGCAGCUCCGGUCCGGCGCGGUCGACUGGCAGGAGUGGUGCAGGAAACACUCGGAAUAUCCCCUAGAACUGCACGUGAACCUGCUGAAGCCAAAGACAGACGCGAUCAGGAUUCAAAAUCUCCUGACGGAAAUAUGCACCAUGGCACAAAGUCAAAUCGAGAAAUAGAUGGCGCGAUGCUGUACUGCACCCGUGGAACAAGGGAAAAAGUUGAAACGCGAGGUCAG